GGCGGCGGCGGAGCGGCCUGAGGAGCCCGCGGGGAGAGCGGGCGGCGGCUGUGGGGUUUCGGCGUGUCGCGUCCCUGGGCGGCCGUGAUCCAGCGCCACCAUGCCUGCGGUGUCGAAGGGCGAUGGCAUGCGAGGCCUGGCGGUCUUCAUCUCCGAUAUCCGCAAUUGCAAAAGUAAAGAAGCAGAGAUAAAGAGGAUAAAUAAGGAACUAGCAAACAUUCGGUCAAAAUUUAAAGGUGACAAGGCUCUGGAUGGUUACAGUAAGAAAAAAUAUGUCUGCAAACUGCUUUUCAUCUUUCUUCUGGGCCAUGACAUUGACUUUGGUCACAUGGAGGCUGUAAACCUGCUCAGUUCCAAUAGAUAUACAGAGAAACAGAUUGGCUAUCUCUUCAUCUCUGUCCUAGUGAACUCUAACAGUGAGCUGAUCCGCUUAAUAAACAAUGCCAUCAAGAAUGACCUGGCCAGCCGAAACCCCACCUUCAUGGGGCUUGCUCUGCAUUGCAUUGCUAACGUGGGGAGCAGGGAGAUGGCGGAAGCAUUUGCUGGAGAAAUUCCAAAAAUACUUGUGGCUGGAGACACUAUGGAUAGUGUGAAGCAAAGUGCUGCUUUAUGCUUGCUGCGUUUGUAUAGAACUUCUCCUGACCUUGUUCCCAUGGGAGACUGGACAUCCAGGGUGGUGCAUCUCCUCAAUGACCAGCACUUGGGUGUGGUUACUGCAGCUACAAGCCUGAUCACCACUUUGGCACAGAAGAACCCAGAAGAGUUUAAGACUUCAGUCUCCUUGGCAGUGUCUAGAUUAAGCAGAAUUGUAACUUCUGCAUCAACAGAUCUUCAGGACUACACAUACUACUUUGUUCCUGCUCCUUGGCUAUCUGUGAAACUUCUGAGGCUGUUACAGUGCUAUCCCCCUCCAGAAGACCCUGCGGUACGUGGCCGUCUAACAGAAUGCCUGGAAACUAUUCUUAACAAAGCACAGGAGCCACCAAAGUCAAAAAAAGUACAACACUCAAAUGCGAAGAAUGCUGUCCUGUUUGAGGCAAUAAGCUUAAUUAUACAUCACGACAGUGAGCCAAAUCUACUAGUCCGUGCCUGUAACCAGCUAGGUCAGUUCUUGCAGCACCGAGAAACUAAUUUGCGUUACCUAGCACUGGAAAGCAUGUGCACGCUUGCCAGCUCUGAAUUCUCACAUGAGGCUGUGAAAACACACAUAGAAACAGUUAUCAAUGCAUUGAAGACUGAAAGAGAUGUAAGUGUACGACAAAGAGCUGUAGAUCUUCUGUAUGCAAUGUGUGACCGAAGCAAUGCCCAACAGAUUGUGGCUGAAAUGCUGAAUUACCUGGAGACCGCUGAUUAUUCCAUUAGAGAAGAAAUUGUUCUGAAAGUUGCAAUUCUAGCUGAGAAGUAUGCAGUGGAUUAUACCUGGUAUGUGGAUACAAUCUUGAAUCUGAUUCGCAUUGCUGGUGACUACGUCAGUGAAGAAGUGUGGUAUCGAGUUAUUCAGAUUGUCAUCAACAGGGAUGAUGUUCAAGGAUAUGCAGCAAAGACUGUUUUUGAGGCCCUUCAAGCUCCAGCAUGCCAUGAGAAUCUUGUAAAAGUAGGUGGCUACAUCUUGGGAGAGUUUGGAAAUCUGAUAGCAGGUGAUCCAAGAUCAAGUCCUCUCAUCCAGUUCAACUUGCUACAUUCCAAGUUUCAUCUGUGUAGUGUUCCUACCCGAGCUCUGCUUCUGUCUACCUACAUCAAGUUUGUGAACCUGUUUCCAGAAAUCAAAACUACGAUUCAAGAUGUUUUACGCAGUGACAGUCAGCUAAAGAACGCUGAUGUUGAGCUGCAGCAGAGAGCUGUUGAGUAUUUGAGGCUCAGUACUAUUGCUAGUACUGAUAUAUUGGCUACAGUGUUGGAAGAAAUGCCUCCCUUUCCAGAGAGAGAAUCUUCUAUUUUGGCUAAACUCAAGAAGAAGAAAGGCCCGGGCACAGUUACUGACCUUGAAGAGAUCAAAAAGGAGAGGAGCUCUGAUAUGAAUGGAAGUGCUGAACCUGCCUCUGUCAAUGCCAGUGCUGUUUCUACUCCUUCUCCAUCGGCGGAUCUGCUGGGUCUGGGUGCUGCCCCUAUCACCAAUUCAGCUCCCCCACCUUCCUCUAGUGGUAGCCUGCUGGUGGAUGUAUUUUCAGAUUCAGCUUCUGCGGUUGCACCUCUUGCUCCUGGUUCUGAUGACAACUUUGCGAGCCCUGACCUGGCUUCAUCUGAGGUAGUUUCUGAGGAACCAGCUGAUACUGUGCAUGAUGCUGAUGAGCUUUUUCACAAGUUUGUGUGUAAAAAUAAUGGAGUCUUAUUCGAAAAUCAGUUGCUACAAAUUGGCUUGAAAUCUGAAUUUCGGCAGAACCUGGGGCGUAUGUUCAUAUUCUAUGGUAAUAAGACAUCAACACAGUUCUUGAAUUUUACUCCAACAGUAAUCUGCUCAGAUGACCUUCAGUCAAGCCUGAAUCUUCAGACAAAACCUGUUGACCCCACAGUGGAUGGAGGUGCACAGGUUCAACAGGUUGUGAACAUCGAAUGCGUGUCAGACUUCAUGGAAGCUCCAAUCCUGAACAUUCAGUUCAGGUAUGGUGGAACAUUUCAAAAUCUUUCAGUAAAAUUACCCAUCACACUGAAUAAGUUUUUCCAGCCAACAGAGAUGUCUUCUCAAGACUUUUUUCAGCGUUGGAAGCAACUGAGCAAUCCAAAACAAGAAGUACAGAAUAUCUUCAAAGCAAAACACCCAAUGGAUGCAGAGAUCACAAAAGCAAAGAUAAUAGGCUUUGGAUCAGCGCUGCUUGAGGAGGUAGAUCCCAAUCCUGCCAACUUUGUUGGUGCUGGUAUCAUACAUACAAAAACUACUCAGAUUGGAUGCUUGCUGCGCCUUGAACCCAACCUCCAGGCACAGAUGUACAGGCUCACACUACGAACAAGUAAAGAAGCUGUAUCUCAGAGAUUAUGUGAAUUGCUGUCUGAACAGUUUUAAUAUUAACCAUGUCAGUUUUGGUUUUUCCACUUAUAUCACUGUCAUCAUACUGCAAAUAAAUGUCUUGUACAUCA